GAUGCCACCUUUCCUAAUAAGUUCGUUUAGGCCGCAGGUCAUAUUCAAGCACGAUGUUCAGCUUCUCACAACGACCAGAGCAUGAUCGUAAUCAAUCUGAGAGGGCCACUCAACACCCUGCCAUCAAAGAUAAUGAUGACGUCAUGGACAUUGACGAUCUCGAGACUGGUGAAUUCAGGUUGACUUGUCCAGGAGAGACAAUCACAUCAGCUCAUGAUUUCAUGCGCGGUCAUGGCACAUACGUCGACGACGAACUUGUCAUUGCAUCUGUCGCGGGGACCGUCCAACGAGUCAACAAACUUGUGACUGUUCGCGCGGCGCGUAGUAGAUAUAAUGCAGAAGUCGGUGACUUGGUGGUAGGGCGCAUAACUGAGGUUCAACCGCGCCGUUGGAAAGUUGAUGCCAAUUCUCGCCAAGACGCCGUGUUGAUGCUUUCGUCUGUCAAUUUACCAGGCGGUGUGCAGCGGCGCAAACUAGAAAGUGACGAGCUGCAAAUGCGUACGUUUUUUGAAGAGGGGGACCUGCUGGUUGCUGAGGUCCAGGCCUUCUUCGCGGAUGGCGCAAUGUCUCUCCAUACCCGCUCUCUCAAAUUUGGCAAGCUGCGGAACGGGCAACUAGUCAUUGUACCCCCUGUGUUGGUGCGGCGCCUCAAGUCACACUUCAUAGCCUUACCAUGUGGUGUUGACCUCAUCCUGGGAUUGAAUGGAUACAUAUGGGUAUGUAAGCACAUGCAAGAUAGUGACCAGGGGGAGGAAGGCUUUGACGCGGAAGCCGUAUACUCCAACCAAAACGACGAAGUUGAUGGUCCGACUCGUAUCGCAAUUUCUCGGGUUAGCAAUAUUAUCCGUGUUUUAGCAGAUCAUUUCGUUCCCCUGACAGACACGCUCUUUCUUGAGGCAUACAACUGGCUGAUCGAGCAGGAAGUAAACAUUAAAGAUCUAAUACUGGGGGACUUUGGUGACGCAAUGGUAGCAGCCAUAUGUACCGUGAGGUAGUUUCCAUAC